GAACACAUUUUUUUAAGUGGGCUUCGACAAGGUACUCAGGAUCAAUCCCCUUUUCUUCUCUUUUACGCGAACUCGCGUAUUACCACAUCCACGCACCCCAAUUUACUGCAGAGGGAAAGAAAAUGCUGCGGCGAUGCGGUGCGGCACUGGCUGCCAAAAAGCUUCCGAACCCUGGCAGCUCCCUAUUAAACCCACGCAGUCACCGUGCGAAGCUCCGCCGUGCCGCCGCCCUCAGCGCGCAAAGCGAAGCGCAGUUUGAGAGCCAGGCGAUGUUCGCAAAGGUUGGCGGCAGCGGAGAGGGGGGUACAGAUACGCCGUCCCCCGCGCGCGCCUUCAAGAGCCGCAAGCAGCGUCGCGGCCACCACGUUCGCAGCGUCGUUGGCCGGGACGUUGCUGAGCGCGCCAAGGCGAUGACGGAUGCGGAGUGGGAGAGUGUGCCGAUGGAGGACAAACACGCCUUCACAAAGUACAUGAGUGAGGUUCUGCGGGAGCGCCCGACCGAGGCGACCGAGCAGCAGCGUCGCCGCUACUUCGAGACGACGAUGAUGGACCCGCGCGACCUCGACCCGAACCGCACUGUGCAGGACGAGUACGAGCGACUGAAACUCGGCCUGCCUGUGCAACUUAAAGACCCGCAGCGCUCCCUCGGCGUGUCGCAGGCAAUCUUUGAAUCAGGCGACGCGGGACUCUUCCACCCUGAGAACGUGGAUCGGCUGGAGGAGGCGAUGGUGCAGAUCAAACAGGUGUUUGCCGACUACACACGUCAGCGACGGGAGGGCGUCAGCACGGAGGCGGCUCGGCGCAAGCUGUCGAACAUGCUGGCCGAGCUGAAUGUGGAGACGCAGCGGCAUUUAAGUCACAUGUUUAAGUAUGCGGAGGAGAGGGUGCGACAGGCAGCACGAGAGGAGCGCACGCGUCAGCUGCGUGAGCUGCACCGUCUCCGCCAGCUCGUGCUUUCCCCGCCGAAGUCGUCGUCAUCGUCAUCCUCAUCGUCUGCUACCGCCGUUGCAUCACCUUCGUCCUCCUCUUCGUUUCAACAGAAUGGGGAGGCGCGUGCUGACACAGCAGGCGGGCAAGAACAACAAUCAAUGACCGGCGUUGAUUCGUCUUCUCCCUCCGCGUCCUCUGCCCCAUCUCCUGCCACGCUGGCCACAACCAAAAAGCGUGCCCUUCUCAAAAAGUCCCUCGGCAAAGCGCUCGGGAUGGAGCUGGACGUCGUGGAGACCCUCAUCACCGAACUGGAGGCGCAGGAGAAGUUCAUGCAGUUCUGCGAGGUCUUUGCGCGGCUGACGGUGGCGCACGGCUUUCAGCACGGCCCCGAGGACGAAGGCCUGGACGCCUACGCCGAGAGCCUCCGUCGCCUCUACUCCGUCGACGCGAACAAGCUCAGCACGCUGGACGUCGUGCAGUACCUCGCCGCGAAGGAGGAGGCGCACCCGGUGGACUGGGCGAAGCGGUGGUACGAGCGGCUGGUGCGCCUUCCUCUCGAACUCACACCGGAGUUUAGGCGCCUCGAGGAGAUCCGCGAAGGGGACAAGGCCGCGCUGGAGCUGCAGGCAGCGGCAGCGAAAGAAGGUCAAGCUGGCGUUUCUGCUUCUGGGGGACACGAUGCGGCAAAGCAGGCGGGACAGACCGCAGCUGCAGGUCGCACCCAAGACGCGGUGCGGUUGGUGGAAAAAAUGUUCAUGCGGCCCGAUGAUCCGCGACUGAAAAGCCUGCACGAGAAGCGACUGCGCUACAUCGCGUAUUUGCAGAUGGAGCGCCAGAUUGCGCAGGCGCGCGAGAACGCCAAACUGUUUGAGGGUGUGGAGGACACCGCCGAGGCUGAGGAGUGCCGGCGGCUGUACGCGCAAUUGAUGGAGCACAAAGCGAAGCGGACUGGCGUCACGCCUGCUGCACGAGGCGAGGCGUCCUCUUCCACCACCGCUCUCUCUGACAACGCGACAGGAGAGGAGAUCAAUGUCUUUGCGCAGGACCCCGAGGCGGCGGCUCUUUUUGAGCAGAUCAGCCAAAUCACACAGUCCGUGAUCCGCACCUGCGUGAAGGACGCCCGUCGGCGCAGCAAGGCGGCUGCGAAGGCGGAGGUACUGGCGAAGGUUGUGAGGCACGUGAAGGGCGUGGCAGCAACCGCAGCAGACGGCAGCGCCGCUGACGCUACUGGUGGUGGUGACGGCGGUGCACCACGUGCGGGGGCGCUGCGUCAGCUGUUGAGAGAAAAGAAGGAUAAGGUGGCACAGCGCUUGCUCAACGUUCUCGAGGCGGAUGUGAAGUCGGACAUGGAGUGGCUGGAUGCGAUGGACGAUGCAGAGCGACCGCCUCUGCUGCCGAUUCCCGAAGGCAUGUCCUACGUGUCUGCGGCGGAUGUGCAGGCCUGGAAGGAGGUCCGCGACGCCGACAACGCCCUGUCGGCCGAUCCGUUUCGAAAGAGCAAAAAACAGUUCCAACCGAAGCUGUUUGGCCAGCCGUGGCAGAUGCCGGACAAGCCGCUGCUUUUUUGGGGAACUGGCACCCGUGCGGUGCAGCAGGCGUUGGAGCAGGCCGCAGGCGAUGCAGAGCGGCGACGACGUGGUGAGCCACUGGCUCCUCCCUACCCUUGUCCUGAGAAUCCUUGGGGCUGGCGACUGGUGAAGGAUAUUCUGGAUGAUUAG